AUGCAGCCAAGCAACAGCUUACCGAGACCAAAACCUGGGCGGCAUUUGACGGAGAAACAUCGUCGGCAUCGAAUGAAAGUUCUUUAUCGUCAGCUCGCCUCUGUUAUCUCUCGUGAAAACUCUCUGAAACAAUCUCCGGCUUUUGACGUGUUGGAUCAUGCCACUAACUACAUCAAACAACUAGAGAAAGAGGUUACUGAGCUGAAAGCAAGAAAGGAUAGUCUACAACUACCAUUAAUAAUAGAUGUGAAUGAAAGUGACGAAGAUGAAACUUUAGAGAUAAAUAUAGUGUGUGGAUCGGAGAACAAGAAGCUGAAGAUGGAUAAAGUCUUUCGGAUUCUAGAAGAAGAAGGCGCACAAGUUGUGAGGGCAACAAAGUCCAUUAUGGAUCUCAAAAGCUACCAUACAAUUAUUUGCAAGGCAUUUUCACCUAGACUUGGAAUGGAUACAGCUGGAGUGAGAGAGCGCUUGAAGAGCUUUAUUUCUGAUGCAUGA